AUUUUAUUUUUGACUUUUGUGACAUUAGGUUAGAGUGAAUAUGGAAAUAUUUUAAUAAUAUUACUGUACGGAAUUUGCAGUGUGAGUGCCGUGCCAUUUUAGUGUGAAAAGUAUAAAAAAUAAGAGAAAAUGGUCGUUUGUAGAGUUAUAUCAUUAUCUUGUCGCCGUUUACAUGCACCUGCCAAAUUUUUGAACCCACUUUUGAAUUCACAAAAUCAAUUGGCAAGGACGAGUAUUAAAUAUAUUUCUACAUCACAGAUUAACUUUGCAGAACGUAAGUACACAGAUAAACAUGAAUGGGUUGUUGUCGAAGGCAAUGUAGGGACUGUAGGAAUCUCAAAAUAUGCUCAGGAAGCCCUCGGAGAUGUUGUUUAUGCCCAGCUCCCUGAUGCAGGUACAGAUCUUUCUCAAAAGGAUGAAUGCGGAGCAUUAGAAAGUGUAAAGGCAGCAUCAGAAUUAUAUUCUCCUGUUUCGGGCAAAGUUACUGAAAAAAACUCAGCUGUAGAAAAUUCACCAGCUUUGAUUAACACAUCAUGCUAUGAUCAGGGUUGGUUAUUCAAAGUAAAUCUGACGAAGCCUGAAGAGGUGAAUAAAUUGAUGAGUGAGAAAGAGUAUGAAGAGUUUUUGAAGAGCGAUCACCAUUAAAUUUGGUGCAUUU